AUUGGUUGGAGAGAGCAUACGCAUGACAAGCACAAGUCAGGGUCCAGACAGCUGAGAAGGGAACGCCAAACAGCAACUGGUGCGCUGUCAUAAGGGUAACGAUACCAUCGGCAAAAAUGUCUGACCGACUCCUGGACCUUGAUGAAAGUGCAACCCAAACAGGGCCGAAGGGUGUGAUCAAUGACUGGCGGAGGUUUAAGCUGGAGAGCAUGGAUAAGGAGAGUCUUCCUCCAGCCAAGAGGGAGCUGCUCAGACAGAUGUCCUCCCCCGGCAGGCCCAAAGAAGGGGACAACAUCGCUGAGCAGAAUAGAAAGAUGAGCGUUCAGGAGUACGAGAUGCUGAAGGAGGAGGACGAGGGCUGUCUGAAGAAGUACCGUAAGCGCUGUAUGCAAGAGAUGCACGAGAAGCUGAGUAUCGGACCCAGGUUUGGGGGCGUGCACGAGCUGGAGAACGGAGACGCCUUCCUCGAGGUCAUAGAGAAGGAGCACCACAGCACCCUGGUCGUGGUCCACAUAUACAAGCUGGGCCUCAAAAGCUGUGAGGACCUCAACCACUGCCUGGACUGCCUGGCCACAGAAUACCCCACAGUCAAGUUCUGUCGGAUCAACGCUGUAUCCUCUGGGGCAUCUGAGCGUUUUUCUGAUGAUGUUCUGCCCACUCUGCUGGUUUACAAAGCCGGAGAACUCAUCGGGAAUUUUCUGGCCUGUACGCAGCACCUAAACCAGGAGUUUUUUGCUACUGAUGUGGAAGCUUUUCUCAACAGUUAUGGUUUGCUGCCCGAAAAGGAGCUACCAUCUUUGGAGGAUGACGAGGAGAAUGUUGAGUGACUGCCGUUAUAACUAUGGAGAGGAUGACUGUAAGGGCUUUCAGAUAUACCAAAGACUAUUGAUACCUUUCAGCUGAUGUCAACAACACUCUAUGUGAAGAAAGA